AAUAGCACUGCAGGGACUCUCAAAGCUUCAUUCAAAAGAACAGUGCUUAUGAACAAGUCAGUCCACACAACUCCUCAGGAAGAAGAGAGAAGAAUCCACGCUACCUCUCAGUACAAUAUAAGCUUUCCAGGUGCUGGGCUUAGACAUGCGGCUGCUGCUGUGGAUAACUGUUUUAGGUGUAUACUUCACCUCUGCUGCAGGUAGAUUUGCAGAGUAUUCAAGGAGGCAUAGACGGCUCAUUCCAUCGCUUAAUACACCUGGAAUAUGUAGAUACGGAACCAAAACUGAAUGCUGCUAUGGGUGGAAACGAAACAGCAAAGGCCAAUGUGAAGCUGCAUGUGAACAGGGCUGUAAACAUGGCGAAUGUGUGGGACUAAACAAAUGCAAAUGUUUCCCUGGGUUCACUGGAAACAACUGCAGUCAAGACUUGAAUGAAUGCGGUCUUAAGCCUCGUCCCUGUGAACAUCGGUGUAUGAACACACACGGCAGCUACAAGUGCUAUUGUCUUAAUGGCUACAUGCUGAUGCCAGAUGGCUCCUGCUCAAACUCCAGGACCUGCGCAAUGGCAAACUGCCAACAUGGCUGUGAAGAAGUUAAGGGAGAAGUGCGAUGCCUAUGUCCAUCAAGUGGACUACAACUGGGGCCAGAUGGAAAGAAUUGUAUAGAUAUCGAUGAAUGUGCCACAGGGAAAGCAGUCUGCCAUUUUAACCGGAGAUGUGUGAAUACAUUUGGAAGCUAUUACUGCAAAUGCCAGCAUGGCUUUGACUUAAAAUACGUGAAUGGCAGAUACGACUGUGUAGAUAUAAAUGAGUGCCUGUUGAGCACUCAUAAGUGCAGCCCUCACAGUGAUUGCCUCAACACCCCGGGAUCCUAUAAAUGCAGAUGUAAGCAAGGAUACAAGGGAAGUGGAUAUGUCUGUUCAGCUAUUCCAGACAAGCCUGUGAAAGAAAGCCCCAAAAUAGUUGGAAGUGCAAAAGAUACGAUAAAGAAACUCUUGGCAUAUAAAAACAGCCUCAAGAGGAAUGAAGAAAUAAAGAAUUUAAUACCUGAGCCAGUUAUUACCCCAUCACCUAAAACACGUUUACAGCCAUAUGACUAUGUGGAUGGAAUCUAUACUGGUGGAACUUAUAACGAAGAAGAUGAAGAAGAAGAAUUUGAUCAGAAUGAAGAUGAAGAGGAGGAAGAAGAGGAUGACGAUGAGGAUGAUGACCAUGACAAUGGAAUUGGACAAGAGAAGAUACUGAGGGGUGAUGUAUUUGCUUUACAGGUUAAAAGAGAGGAACCUGCUUUUAGGCCAAGUAUCAUAAAUCAGAAGGCCACGUCCCUAAAAUCUGAAGAGGUGUCUAUAGACUGCAGCUUUGAUCGUGGAGCCUGUGACUGGAAACAGGAGACUGAAGAUGACUUUGAUUGGAAACAUACAAAUCGGAGCCAUGGUACUGGGUUUUAUCUAUCGGUUCCUGCUAAUGUUGGUCACAAGAAGACUAUAGGCCGUCUGAGACUUCCCCUUACAAAUCUGCACACAAGCAGCAAGUCCUGUUUAAUUUUUACAUAUCAACUUUCUGGCGAAAAGUUUGGCAAACUACGGGUGUAUAUGGAUGAAAACAGCAAUCCCAUCUGGGAAGAGAACAGAAGUAACAAUAAAGGGUGGAGGAUAGCAAGAAUUGAAAUACCGGAGACACGGGGCACACCUUCCAGCAAGAUUAUAUUUGAAUCUGAACGUGGGAAAGGGAAACAUGGAGAAAUGGCAUUGGACAAUGUCUUCCUUGUCUCUGGACCAUGCACUGAAGACUAAGCACAAGAAAAUAAUGCUGAGUUAAAGUCUACUUAAAAGUUUUUUACACUAGAAUGCAUAUUUCAUGCAAACUGCCAAAUGUAUUUUAACUUAUGUUUACUUUUUUUUAUUACUACUUUGUUAUUUUAUCUGUUUUCCUUCUUCAGUUCCCUAUAAAACUCAAUCCAUUAAUAACCAAACAAAUCAAUAUCCAAACAAAAAGUUAUCCCUUUACAGCACUCUGAAAACUCAGAAAAUCACUCUGACUUAUUAACGGAGUUGUCCAGUUUAAGAAAACAUAUCCCUUAUUCACAUGAUAGUGGUUAGCUGUUAGACCCCCUGCAAUCUCCUGCCCAGCGCCCCAUCUCUCCCCAUGAAUGAAUUUGUCAACCAUGGCACGAAGUGUGGAUGAUUUGCCACCUUCAUGCAUCUCUAUGGGAGAGCUGGAGAUACAGCGCUCGUGUAUCUCCAGCACUCCCAUAGAGAUACAUGGAGGGUGCAUGUUUUCCAAUGCUUCGUGUAGAUAGGGGAUAAGUAUUUUUGAACUGGACUACUGCUUUAAGUCAGAAGUCGUAAUGUGAACUAAGAGCUUUUUGCAUCUAUAGGAAGCUUAAAGGGGUACUCUGCCCCUAGAAAUUGUAUCCCCUAUCCUUUGAUAAGAUGUCUGAUCGCGAGGGCCCCGCUGCUGGGGAACCCC